AAGAGAGUGAAAUCUUAAUUUCAAUCAAAUGGCUUCCAAAACUAUACUAUACUCUAUCCUCGUUCUCAGGAUUUUCACUCUCAUGCUCUUAGCAGCUUCCAUCGCAGUCACACUCACCAACUUCAGCGACAUCAACAGUUACAGGUAUUUUCUUGCUGUGGGAGCGGUGGGUGCUCUAUACACAUUAAUUCAGCUGCCCUUUGCCAUGUAUCAUGUCGUGAAGGAGAAGAGGAUGAUCCGUGGCAUAUUUCUGCCUAAUUUUGAUUUCUAUGGGGAUAAGGUAAUAAGUUUUCUCUUGGCAAGUGGAGUUGGCGUUGGGUUUAGUGCGAGUGUUGAGUUAAAAGAUACUAUUCGUUCUUUGGUGGAAAAUUUUGAAUUUUUAUUAGCCAGCGAUCCACGUAUAAGCCUGGAUGGAAUUGAAGAAUUCAGAACAAAAUUGAAUAAGUUUUUUGAUAGAGAGCUGAUAGCAAGUGGCAUUCUCCUAGGAGGAUUUGUUACUAUGGCUAUUCUCUCCAUUCUUUCAUCACUUAACAAGUCUAGGAAAAGAUUCUGAAAUGUUCAAAUUGUACCAAAUAAUUCUAAAUAAUUAAAUCCUAUUUGUAUGCCAAUAUUAUAUUCUAGAUGAUAUCAUUUCCUAAUAAAGGUUUUGGAAAGUUUCCUAUUGUAGAUGUUGAAUAUGUU